AUUUCAACUUAACGUGCUGCAGAAAAAAAACAUGGCGGCCCCCAUUGAACGGAUUUCGUGCAACAGUUAGUGGACAGUUUGCGGCGCAAAAUAAUUCCAUUUUUUCGGAGUGUUUAUCAAAUUACGAUUGAUAAUUAUAUCCCGAUUAUAGUUCUUGAUACUCGACAUUAAAGAAAUCAAUUUAGAUUGUUUAACAACAUGGGAGACGAUGCCAUUUACGCUACAAAUGACGACGCUGCGAUGUGCAAACGCUUUGCAGUCCAACAAGGGUACUGGAAGGACCCGUACAUCCAAUUUCUUGUCAAGGCCGGGGAGAGAAAAGCACCAGAGAUCAACAGAGGUUACUAUGCAAGAACGGAGGGCCUUCGGAGUCUCAUGAGGCAGUUUUUGAAGCUGACGCACUGUGCCUGUCAGAUUGUCAACCUGGGUGCCGGGUUCGACACCAACUUCUGGCUUCUCAAGGAUGAGGGAUUGUUGGCUGAUGUCUUUGUGGAGCUGGACAUGCGGGCAGUCACCAGCCGCAAGUGUCACAUGAUCAGAACCAGAUCCAAGCUGUUGGAACCGGUUCAAGCCAGUCACGGGUCGGAACCAGUGGUGAUUGAAGAUGCAGAGCUGCGCUCAACACAUUAUCACAUCAUGUGGGCGGACAUGAGAGACUUGAAACAGGUUGAGGAGAAACUUGGCCAAGUUGGACUGGAUAAAAAUAAACCCACUCUGUUCCUAAGUGAGUGCGUGCUUGUCUACAUGCCCCUGGACAAGUCCAACAGCUUGGUGAAGUGGGCGGGAACCAACUUCAGCUCCGCCUUGAUCCUUAACUACGAGCCAGUCAACAUGGGCGAUCGCUUCGGUCACGUCAUGGUGGAGAAUCUACGGAAGAGGACCUGCGCCUUGGCUGGCGUGGAAGCUUGCCAGAGCUUAGAGACACAGAAAGCGCGGUUUCUGAGCAACGGCUGGGAGGGCGCCGCAGCCAUGGAUAUGAUGUCGGUCUAUCGCAGUCUACCCGCGGAUGAUCUUCAUCGCAUCGAGCGAUUGGAGUUUAUGGAUGAGAGGGAGCCGUUACAGCAGCUGAUGGAUCAUUACUGCAUCGCGUGGGCGUGGCGAGAUGUUAACAAAAUCGGUUUGGAGUCCAUCGGCUUCAAUAGGUGAUACUCUGAUGAACAUUGUUGGGAACUUACAAAGAUGUCAGCUUUGCUGUGAGCAAGUGGCAGCCCGCAUCAAAGAAAUGUAUAAUUCUCCAUUUCAGUCAAACUCGUUCAAUUUUCAUUUCGAAAAAGUUGGUUUUUCCCUCCAUCUUGUUCAGUCUAGAAAAUCUUGUCAUGACUUAGUUUCUCAUUGAGGAAUCACCAAUCCAAGCAAUUAUUUCUUUUUAUUUCUUCCACUGGAAUUUUCGAUUACUUUGAACCAACCCAAUUUUGAGGAAAAAAAUCAUCUUCAACCUUUUGUAUUGGUUUCUUUUUUUUCUGCUGCUGAGCAAUUUCAUAAAUUUGGAUGUACAUGUCAGACACUUUAAUGAGCUGCUGUUGGAAAAGUGAAUGUGAUACAUCACUAAUAAUGUGACAUCAAAUGAGUAGAAAGUAAUUACAGAUCCACACUAAAGUACCACCAUCUUAACAAAUCCCUACAUGUACAUCAUUUUACGGAAUUGCUCUACAGAUACAUUUAAGAGAACUGGUAAAAAAAAUUGGCAUACUAGUGUAUGUAGUGUGAUUCAGAUAGAGUUUGUUUAACUUCUUGCCUUCCUGCCUCGUAGGUUAGAGUUUUAAGAAAUCAAGACAUUUCCACAAAACUAAAAUAAUAGCUACUGUGGGAAUGCUAUGUGGCCUGCAUCUGCUGAUAAUGUGUAAGAUCUUUUUGAUUUGUGUGCAUAUUGAUGCAUGCUUGUGUGGUAUUCUGCCCAAAGAUUUUGAAAGUGUGUGAAAAUUCUGAAGCCAAGAUGCCUGCAUUUUCUUGAUAUUUCUUAGUUUUGCAGUUGUUAAAAAUAAUUAAAGUUGAGGAGCUCAUAAUUCACAAACCAAAGCUAACAUUUGAAGAGAAACAUUUUGUAAUCCUGUGAUAAACUGGCUUUAAGCCAUAAAGUUGUGUUUGGUGAGGACAGUGUUUAGGUUUCCGUCUUCGCUCUUAACAUCUCUACGGAGCCAAAGUUUCAACAGGUUGGGUUUAUAUUUCUCCAUAUUAUAAUUGGUUAUGUUUGCAGAUUGGAAAAACACAAACUCCAAAUGGUACAAAUUUCAGUUAAAGAAAAUAUACACAAGAGUUUCAAACCUGUUAAAAAUGAUGUUGAUUUUGUAAAUACAGUUGAGCAAUUUUAAUUUAUUAUUUGAUUUCUUUGAAGGCUCUAAGCUUGAAGUUUUACCUUUUAAUAAAAGAAAAAAAUAUGUUUGAUGCUGUUUUAAACUGGAGACGUCUGUCUAUCAAAUCAGAUGUAGUUGGGAUUCUUCAUAUUUUUGCCAAGUGUGGUAUGAAAAUUAAAAGUUAUCAAAAAUA